GGGUUCUGGGCAGAGGUUGGGGCUGUAGGUAGGGCCGGCCCAGGUGCAGAACUGAGGCGCCCGGAGCUGAAACAGCUGCACCUGACUUAAGCCCCUCCAGGAGCUGCAGAUGGAAAAGGGAGAGGAGCCUUUGGAUCCUGAGAAAGAGUUGCUUGAGCAGAUCUGGUACCAUGGAGGACUGUCUGAAAAGGAAGCAGAAGCCCUGCUGCUGGCAGACGGGGACUUCCUGGUAUGGGCUUCCCCCUCUGCCUUGGCCUCGGGCUGCAGCCCCCUGGUGCUGUCCUGCUGCUGGGGCGGCCGAGCACUCCACCUGGAGGUGGUGCGGAUCCAGCUGCGCCCUCGCCCUGGCAGGCCUCGGGCGCUCUUCCAGCUGGAAGGCGAGCGCUUCCCCAGCGUGCCCGCCCUGGUAAACUGUUAUGUGACGACGCAGCGUCCCUUGUCCCAGGCUUCGGGGGCCGUGGCCUCUCGCCCUGUAGCCCGCCACGGACCUCCACAUCCGGUGACCUCCGGCAAGCCCCACCACCGGCGGAGCCUGAGCGGGGACGGCUGCAGUGAUGGUGCUCGCCAGGCCUUCAGGGACCUGCUCAGGACCAAGGAGCUCAGUGGUAGCCAGCCAGCCAGCCUAGAUAUCCUGGGGCACAAGGGAGGCCCUCCUAAGGGGAGCAAAGGCCCAGAUGAGCUCCAGAUGGCCAAAGUGGUACCUCCCGUUUCCCCCCUUUUCCGUACUGGCAGUGAUCCUGUAUUGCGCAGGGCCCAGUACCUGAGCAGGGGCAUCCCACAGUGGGGUUCAGAUGGGCAGCUGCAUCCCAAGGUUCCACCCAAACCUCCACGGGCACCUUCUGUAAUGUUGCCUGAACACUCUGGGACUCCCCCUUCCUCUGAGCUGGUGCCCCAGGAGAUGCUCCACCUGCAAGGGAAGGGAAGGCCAGGGGAGGAAGCUGGGAGCAGGGAGGAGGCCGGCCAUGGACCCAGAGACAGACCGGAGCCCGAGGCCUCACACGCCCACCUCAGCCACAAACAAGGUGCACAGGAGAUCCCUUGGUGGGAGGAGCGGGAGGAAGAAGAGGCUGAAGAUUUUGUGAGACCCCGAGGAGGAAUUCCCACUGCCCUUCAGCCCCAAGCCUUUUCUUCCUGCUUGUUGGGCCCUGAGAACCGACCCUUGGAGCCCAGUGCCCUGAAGACCCUUCGCGCCCUGUUCUUGCAGCACGAUGUGAACACCGUAGCCCAACACCUGCUUCUCACCGACUGCCAGGCAGUGCAGAUUUUGGGUGUGACUCGAAUUCAGCGCCAGGCAAUGGGUGUCCCAUCGGGGCUGGAACUCCUCACACUACCUCAUGGUCACCAGCUUCGGCUUAACCUAUUGGAGAGGCACGAGGCCUUGGCCCUGGCUGCGGCCAUAGCUGUGGUGGGAUGCUCAGGGCCGGUGGCCGAACGCGCGGCCACCCUGCUCGGCCUUAUCCAGCUGGCGCUGGCCCUCCGGGCCCCCGGGGGCACCGGAGAUCUGUUUGCACUUUCCUCAGUGAUGACAGCCUUGCAGCUGCCCCAGAUCACCCGGCUAGAGCAGACAUGGCGCCUCCUCCGGCAGAACCACACGGAGGCUGCGCUGGCCUUCGAGAAGGAGCUCAAGCCCUUUGUGCGAGCCCUGGAUGAGGGGACUGGGAUGGGCCGGCCUGGGGAGGUGGCCCUGCCUCACAUAGUGCCCGUGGCCCGGCUGCUGGAGGGGGUCCAGCUGUGGGGGUCCAACGAGGAGAGCUGUGAGCGGCUGCUGUGGACGUUGCAGGGAGCCCGCGCCAUGGCCAACAACGCCUCCCACUACCGAGAGGUGGCCAGGGCCAAGCUGAAGGGUAAGCGGCGUCCUCCCCUUCUUCCUGCCACCCCUGGGAGCUCCUGCCUUACCCCGGCCUCUGCUCUUCCCUCACCUAGGUUUCCAGCCCACCCCGGAGCUGUACGAAGCCUUCCAGACCGAGUUUGCCCUGAGGCUCCUCUGGGGCAGCCGGGGUGCUGGCGUGGGACCAACUGAACGGCACAAGAAGUUCCACCUUGUUCUCAGUGCUCUCUCCCGGAGGCUGGAGCCCGAAGGCUGAGGUCCCUGGGGCCAUCAAGAUCCCUUAGUUAGCCAGAACUCCCCUUGGACCGCAAGCCUCUUGGGAAGAUGGAAGUUUUCUGCCCCUGCUCCCCAGUCUGACUAAUGCUAGCUGGGCAGGUGUGAGCCCUGCUCUCCCCCCUCCCCCCACCCGGACCCACACCUGGAGCAGUGAGAGCCUCCAGAGCAAGGGGGGGCCAACAACUACUGAGCCCUCGUUCCCAGUUUCUCUCCUCCCUCCUGGGACCAGGAAGUGCCCCAGCUUCUCUGCCCUUCCAGAACCCGGGAGGCUUCUGGGGAGAGGGACUCACUACCUCGUUGCUGCCCGUUAAGUCAGAAUCUGCUGCUUUGGAUCAGCUCUUCAUCCGAAGCAAACCUUGUUUUGCUUCCACAGGGGGAAGGGGACAUUGCUAAGAGGCCCACCCCCCUCCCAUCCCCUCUUGGAUAAGCUCCUUAGGCUCACAAAGUGGGAACUUGCCAUAUCCCUAACCACAAGUCACAGGGAUCAGAUCAAUAAUGUCUGAGGCACAGCAGACCUAGAUGGAAAAUGAAGGCUCCCUUCCAGGCUGCGGAGCCAGAAGCUGAGCAGCAGGAAGGGACAGAGGAGGCCUUUGUGGUGGCCCUAGCCGACAGGUGGGGGAGGACACAGCAGGCUGGGGGAGGGUCCGCCCACCCAAACCCCCAAUAAAGCUCCACGUCAGGGGCUGCACACAGUCCAUUUAUACAAGUUUUUGUUUUGUUGUUUUUUAAAAAAAAAAAAAAAAAAAAAA